GCUAACACGGCUGUCGUAGCUAGCAAGCGAGAUCUUGCUAGACAUGUAUUUUACAGGUACAUCAUCAUGAAGAUCAUUGGAUUGAAUACGAACUAGCGUUGUCUGUAGUAUGUCUAGUGAGUUUGAAAUUUCUCGCUCACGUUAACUGAAAUUAGUUAGGUUUGUUCUGCUUGGUCCUCCUCACCGUGGCUCUCGGAGCCCAGGCUCUGACCCCAUCCCAUCACCUUUCCCUGUCAGACGUUGCGAGACUUCAAGCUCUCCUGAGCCAACCCUUCACAGACCUGGCAUCAGCAUACUACUCGAUUGUUGGUCUAAGCAAGCUUGGAGGCUCAGUUGCUGAUGAAAAUGAUGCCUGUCAUUUCCUGAAGGCCCAACUGGACCCCAUGAGUGUCGACUCCCUCUUCUUUGCUGCUGAGGCCAGUCAGGCCAUCUCAGACUGUGAGAUCCCGGUGUCCAAUGAGACCCGUGACAUCCUUCUGGCAGCAGUCAGCGAGGACUCCACAGUCACGCAGAUCUUCAGAGCUGUUAGCGCCCUCAGUUCCCUAGGGCUUCCUCUGGCUUCACAGGAAGUCGUCGGUGCCCUGGUCGCCCGUAUUGCUAAAGAGGACAACGUCUUGGCGAUCACCACAGCACUCCAGACUGCCACCCGUCUCUCCCAGCAGGCUGACUUUGGAGGAAUCCUGGAGGAGAUUGAGGAUCUUGCAGCACGAUUGGAUGACUUGGGUGGAGUGUACCUCCAGUUCGAAGAGGGACUUGAGGCAACUGCCCUGUUUGUGACAGCAGCCUACACACUCUCAGACCAUGUGGAUACAGAGCCUCCUCUCAAAGAGGACCAGGUGAUCCAGCUGGUGAACUCUGUGUUCAGUAAGAAGUCCUGGCAAUCCCUGUCUGAGGCAUUCAGCGUAGCCUGUGCUGCUGCCGCCCUAUCCAACAACCGCUUCCAGGUGCCAGUCAUCGUCAGCGCCCAGGGGCCUGCCACCGUCUCCCACAACAAGCCAAUCCUGCAGCUUCUGGUGACUGAUGUCCUCUCCAAUCCUCUUGCCUCAGCCAGUGUGGUGGUGGAAUCUGCUCAAGCUGUGCUCUCUAAGAACGUCAUACUCACCCAGGCACCUUUCUCCCUCAGGGAUGGCAUUUUUGAACUGAACUUCAUGACUAGCCAGCCAGCCAGUGGAUAUUACCAGUUCUCUGUGGCUAUCACCGGGGACACCCGAUUGGUUGCCAGUCAGGUUGAGCUAAAAGUGAAGGUGUCCACUGAGGUGGCCAUCACUAAUAUGGACCUGUCCGUAGUGGAUAAGGACCAGAGCAUCGGCACCAAGACAUCCAGGGUGGACUAUCCCUUCAAGGCCAAGGGUUCUUUUACUGCAGACAGCCACCAGAACUUUGCCAUGACAUUCCAGUUAGUGGAUGUCAACACUGGAGUAGAGCUCACUCCCCAUCAGACCUUUGUGAGGUUGCACAAUCAUAAAACUGGCCAGGAGGUUGUGUUUGUGGCCGAGCCUGACAGUAAGAACCUUUACAAGUUUGAGCUGGACAUAGCCGAGCGGAAGUCUGAGUUUGACUCAAUGUCUGGAACAUAUGCCCUCCACCUCAUUGUGGGAGAUGCCACCUUGGAGAACCCCAUUCUGUGGAACGUGGCUGACGUUGUCUUGAAGUUCCUUGAUGAGGAGGCCCCAGCAGUCAUCCAAUCUAAGACCCUUUACAUGCCUAAGCAAGAUAUCCAGCACCUGUUCCGGGAGCCAGAGAAGAAGCCACCCACAGUGGUGUCCAACGCCUUCACAGCCCUCGUCCUCUCACCCUUCCUGCUGCUGCUUAUUCUGUGGUUCAAACUCGGGGCCAACAUCUCAAACUUCAGCCUCUCCCCAAGCGCUGUCCUCUUCCAUGUGGGCCACGCAUGCAUGCUGGGACUGAUGUAUGUCUACUGGACUCACCUCAACAUGUUCCAGACCCUCAAGUACCUGGCCAUCAUCGGCAGUCUCACCUUCCUGGCUGGAAACCGCAUGUUGGCCCAGAAAGCAGUCAAGAGGAUUGCCGCAGAGCAAAGUAGUAGGUUGGCAAAGUAUAGGAGCCUGCGGUAAAGGCCUGUUUUCUAAUAACAAAGGGCCAGUCUUCCAGGCUGAAAAUUGCAAGUAAAUGAUGACCGAAGAUUGGAGACUUAAGAUGCUUAGCUUAGUUUUUGGUUUUCAAGGAGUCAUUUUAAGGACACAUCAACCAUCAGACUGUCAUCGAAGACAUGUUAUUCCAUGAAUCCAAUAGAAAAUUUGAAAUGCAGUUUGACUUAAUUUGAAAGUAAAUGUUAACUCCACCGAGACCUUUGAUUUGAUCGGACAGAUGUUUACUGACACAGAUGCUCCAGCUGACGUCUGCAACGCUAACCAUCCUUGCACUUCAUUUUUGUUUGACCGUUUUGCAAAUGCCCUUCUUAUAUUUGUUUUUAUAAUGGGCUUGGGGAUAUACUUUUGUGGUUUCAUAAUGAAAUGUGGAUGGAUUUUUUUUUUUUUGUACAUUCAUGUUUCUCAGUGCCCAUCUUACCACUGCUUUGUAAAAAUUUGCAUCAAGAAUGUAGCCAUCAAUUUUACAAGGCCUUUUGAUAGAAGUUGAUUGAGGUGGCUUCACUGACAUGGUCAUCCAUCGUAAGUGUAAUUAUUUGCUUGUCUCCUCACUGAAUUACAUGUGGAGGGUGUGAGCUAUUCACUCAUUAUAAUAAAGCCCCCCACCCCAGAAUAAAAUGGGCAGUCCUAGAAAAUCUGGUGUUUUUGUAAUUAAAGAAAUGGUGAUUAA